UUAAUAUACGUGUUUAUAUAAUACAAGAUGUUUAGUAAUAACGAGUCUUUAAGUUUAUUAAUAUCUUUCUUAUCUUUAUUCAUACAAACACCUCCAUUACCAGAAAUUAAUGUAAACGAAUGGUGGGGCCCUCGACAUUUAAAAUCUAUCCAAGAUACAAGUAUCAGACCUUUUGUGGUAGAAUUUAAUGCAUCGAUGAUUGCCGAUCUUAGACAUCGUUUACGGAACACUCGACAAAUGACACCACCUCUAGAAGGUACAGGAUCAGAAUAUGGAUUCAAUACAAAUGAAAUACCGCGCUGGUUACGAUACUGGGCUGAGGAGUAUCCAUACCAAGACAGAGUUGUUGAGAUUAAUAAGUACCCGCAAUACAAGACUAAUAUCCAAGGUCUUGAUGUACACUUUGUAAGGGUUAUACCAAAGGUUCCUAUAGGCAUAGAGGUCGUCCCAUUAUUAGUGCUUCAUGGCUGGCCAUCCAGUUAUCUAGACUUCUAUGCUUUGAUACCUGUCCUAACUUCAGUCUCACCACACAGAGACUUUGUGAUUGAGGUUAUAGCAGCUAGUUUACCCGGAUUUGCAUUCUCUGAUGGUGCUGUAAGACCUGGUUUCGGUGUUGACAAAAUGGCGGUUGUCUUAAGAAAUCUGAUGCAUAGAUUGGGUCAUAAGAAAUUCUACACACACGGCGCUGAUUGGGGGUCGGUUGUGAUGAGUAAUAUGGCAACUUUCUUCCCAAAUGAAGUUCUAGGUUAUCACAGCAGUAUGCCAACAAUAUUUUCUCCAUUGCAAGCAUUUGCAAGAAUCGUCGGUGAUUAUUUCCCUUCUCUGGUUGUAAGACCAGAAGUUGCUGAUAGAAUGUAUCCACUGUCUAACUUUCUUAGUAAGAUUGUACGAGAGUCAGGAUAUUUCCAUCUUCAGGCGACGAAACCUGAUACUGUCGAUAUAGCACUAACAGACUCACCAGCUGGACUCCUGGCGUAUUUUUUCGAGAAGAUAUCAGUAGGUACCCGUGAAUACUAUCAGCACCGAGCAGACGGUGGUUUAGAACUGCACUACACGAAGGAACAGCUGGUGGACAAUCUGAUGGUAUACUGGGCUUCUGACUCUGUGGCCACUGCAGGAAGAAUAUACGCAGACUCUUUCAGUCCUAGAUAUUUCAGUCUUCGUACGGACAGUAUCCAAUCAUCAGUGCCAGCAUGGAUAUUACAAGCUAAAUACGAAAUAUCUUACAUACCUCCGUGGAUGUACAAACUGAAGUUCCCUAAUCUUGUGAACGAGACAGUUUUGGAUACAGGAGGACAUUUCCUGGCGCUGGAAUUACCAGUUGUAUUGGCCGAGGACAUUGUUAGAGCUGUGGUCGAGUUCCGACGGUUGCAACACAAAGGAAAACGUGAGGAAUUGUGA